AUGACGGACUCAAUGGACUCUCUCAGCAGACUCUACAUCCGAGAAAUCGUGCGAUUACACGAUGUACCCGUAUCCAUUGUGAGUGAUCAAGAUUCACGAUUCACGUCGACCUUUUGGGAUAGCCUACAGAAAGCAUUGGGAACCGACCUUCGUCUCAGCACCGCAUUUCACCCACAGACGGAUGAACAAUCCGAAAGAACAAUCCAAAUCUUAGAAGACAUGCUCCGUGCUUAUGCUUUGGACUUUAAGGGAAGUUGGGAACGACACCUACCUCUAGUCAAGUUCGUCUAUAACAACAGCUAUCAAUCCACCAUAGACAUGGCACCAUACGAAGCUCUAUAUGGGCAACCUUGUCGAUCACCAGUUUGUUGGGUUGAAUUGGGAGAAACAAGCUUACUAGGACCAGAGUUAGUCCGAGGGACAACUGAAAAGAUCGAAACCAUUCGCCAACGGCUUCUGGCCGCACAGAGUCGACAGAAAAGCUACGUCGACAAAAGGACCAAACCAUUGACCUUUCAGAUCCUCGAGAAAAUUGGAGAAGUGACGUAUCGCCUGGCACUACCGCCACAACUGGACCGAGUUCACAACAUGUUUCACGUGUCAAUGCUCCGAAAGUACAUAACACAUCCUUCCCACAUCAUCAAUCGAGAAAACGUCGAACUCAAUGAGAACGUCACUCUCGAGGAACAGCCAGUGGAGAUCCAAGACUAA